AUAUCAAAGAUACUAGUAUCUUUGAUGUAUAUUGGUUUUCAGUGCGAAAGUCGCUUACCACACCAGCAGUACCAUGGCCUCUGUUGGGGGAGACACUAUUUUUGGAAAAAUUAUUCGCAAGGAAAUUCCUGCGGAUAUUAUUUAUGAAGAUGAACAGUGCCUGGCAUUUAAAGACAUCAACCCACAAGCUCCUGUUCAUUUCUUAGUCAUUCCCAAAAGACAAAUAGCCCAGCUCUCUAAGGCAAAAGAGGAAGACAAACAGCUUCUAGGACAUCUAAUGUUCAUUGCUCAGAAGGUUGCAGCUGAUAUGAAACUGGACAACGGUUUCCGUGUAGUUUUGAACGACGGAGCUGAUGGUUGUCAGACGGUAUUCCAUAUUCACCUUCAUGUUAUUGGAGGGCGUCAACUCAGCUGGCCACCUGGAUAAGUGGCCACCUGUAUAAUGAUGCAGUGCCUGGAGGGAACAAUUUUCAAGCAGACAAUGCUUCCUUCUCAAAUAUUUUGUAAGGGUACUGUACAUGCUUAUAGAGUACAUGUUGCUGUACCGUGACACAAAUUGUUGUGGUUGAAGCUCUACAGUUUAUCAUACUUUUUUUAACUGAUGUAUCAGCCUAAUAAUCUACAAUUUUACAGUGCAAAAAAUACAAUGUUGUGCAAAUGGCAAGAACUUACUACGGUACAUAAGUUGAAGAAGCUAUAUAAACUGUAGCUAGUUGAAAAGGCACUUAUGCGUAGUGUUGCUUAGUAAAUCUUUGAAUUAAAAUUAUUACCAGUUCAUACUUUUAAAUUAUACAUAAUCAAAAUGUAAAAAAAAAAAUAUUUGUUUUAACAUUUCAUCAUUUAUUUCUGUAUGAGUAAAUUAAAUUUGACCAUGAUUUUGACUAGGUAAAUCAGUCAAACUAAAAUUUGUUAAAAAAACCGAAAGGUCCACUGAUUAAUCUCAGAUAAGAAAGUAUAAUACAUACUCCAAGUAUUCAAAUACACGCCAUCGUGUUAGGAUUCAAUAUUUCGACAUUAAUUAUGUCAUUAAUCAUUCCUGAUGAUGACAUAAUUAAUGUCGAAAUAUUGAAUCCCAACACGAUGGCGUGUAUUUCAAUACUUGGAGUAUGUAUUAUACUUUCCUAAAAUUUGUUAAGUACGGUGAAUUAUGUAAAGCAUAAUAAAUGAUUAAGCUCAUAA